CGCUCCCUUUGUCACGCUCGCAUCAAUACCAAUUGAGCCACAUCCCUCUCGAGUAAAGUCCACUGCAUCUCAAGCGUGUACAAACUACAACGCAAUUCUUCUCAUAUCUGAUUCAUUGGCUCGUUUUGUACUGUAAUCGAUGAUGGCUACAUCAUCUCAGUCUGCGAUGGCGGCACCUGCUUCGGCAGGACCUGAGUCUAGUGCAGUGGACUUCUCACACCCCGUGGUUAAGACUCUAAGCUCCUUGUCUGGGUGGCAAGUCAUAAUCACGGCUUUCUGUUUGCUGGUGGUGUACGAUCAAGUCAAAUACGUUUACCGCAAGGGAGGCAUUGCCGGCCCAUCAUGGAAGAUCCCGUUCAUGGGACCGUUUCUUCAAUCUGUAAAUCCCGAGUUCGAGGGAUACCUGGCGAAAUGGGCCAGCGGACCUUUAAGCUGCGUCUCGAUCUUUCACAAGUUUGUUGUCAUCUCCUCGAACCGUGACUUAACACGUAAGAUCUUGACUUCUCCUGCAUUUGUCAAGCCAUGUCUGGUUGAUAUUGCCGAGAAGAUACUUCGUCCUAGCAACUGGGUUUUUCUGGACGGCAAGGCCCACAGCGAAUAUCGCAAGGGCCUUAACGGUCUUUUCAGCCCAAAGGCACUCGAAACAUAUCUUCCGGGCCAGGAGGACGUGUACGAUGAGUAUUUUGACAAGUUUUGUGAAACUUCCAGGAGCAGCAAUUAUCAACCAGUCCCUUUCAUGUCAGCUUUCCGAGAAAUCAACUGCGCAAUAUCUUGUCGCACAUUCGUUGGGAAACACUUGUCAGAAGAAAGUGUAGAUCUUAUAUCCAGUGAAUACUAUAAGAUCACUUCUGCGCUUGAGCUGGUCAACUUUCCCAUCAUCAUUCCCUUCACCAAGGCUUGGUACGGGAAGAAAGCAGCGGACAUGGUCUUGGCAAUGUUCGAAGAAUGCGCAGCCAAAAGCAGAAAGCACAUUGCUGGCGGAGGGGAAGUUACCUGCAUCGUGGACGGUUGGAUUAAGCAGAUUCUUGUGUCGGAACAAUACCGGACGAAGGUGGCGAACGGCGUAGAUGUUCCGUCUGAAGAAAAGCCCACCAUGAUAUUGCGCCAAUUCUCAGACACGGAGAUUUCUCAGACCCUAUUCACCUUUCUUUUUGCUUCUCAGGAUGCGUCGAGCAGCUCCACAACGUGGCUUUUCCAGGUUCUAGCCGACCGACCAGACGUGAUGGAACGAGUGCGCGAAGAGCAGCUUCGCGUGCGGGACGGAGACAGAAACAGGCGAAUCGACAUGCAAAUGCUGCAGCAAAUGACAUAUACUCGAGCUGUCGUCAAGGAGAUUCUUCGUUACAGACCGCCUGUCAUUGUCGUUCCCUAUGCUGCCAAGGAAAACUUUCCCAUAUCUGAGAACUACACCGUACCAAAGGGAUCUAUGAUUGUCCCAUCCUUCUAUCCAGCUUUGCAUGACCCAGAAGCGUAUCCGAACCCGGGCGAAUUUGAUCCUGACCGAUGGAUAACUGGUAAUGCCGACAAGGCAGUGAAGAAUUGGUUGGUCUUCGGCACAGGUGCCCACAUGUGUAUUGGCAGAGAUUACUUGCUACUGAACAUGAUGGGAUUGAUUGGCAAGGCCUCCUUGUUCCUUGAUUGGGAGCACGAGGUUACCCCACUGUCGGAGAAGAUCAAAGUCUUUGCAACUAUUUUCCCAAUGGAUGAUUGCCGGCUGGUGUUCAAAAGGCGGGAAUAGAGAGGACUUCUAGCUGAAAAAAUCAUACGAUAGACCCGUCACCCUUGCUUCUAGUCACAUGAGAGUAAUAAUUUUAAUUAUCGCAGAGGGCCAGGUAAGCAAGAGGGUGGUCGUUGAAUGUAGAGAAGACGGUUUGUUGAUGGGAAGGAGACAAAAGCUCUUCCAAGAGAGUGAUGUCUUCAGGUGUAAAAGUAUAGUGUCAAUGCGAGAUAUAUUAUAAUAUCAGAGUGAUAUGAGCCGAACGAGGCGCUUGCCCGAAAUGGUGAAGUUGGCAAUAGCUCA